AACCUCAAGAUCCAGACUAAGGCUUGGUGAAUAUCAGCCAUUAUUAUGGCUCAUAAGAGUAGUUAAAAUUGUUUGAUUUUAAGAUUAGAUUUCGUUAUAAAAUGUCUUCUGACCGGUGCUAUGUAGAUAAUAUAUUGUGCAUGUAGUUCUAAUGAAGCAACAUCUGUGAUAUUUGCAUUUUCCAGGGUAGGGAAAGUCAUUUGAAUCAUUGAAUAGUACGGUUUAUUUCCUUUACAUAUUGAAACAUCUUCAUGUGUCUUGCUUACUUGUCUUAAGAUGCAGCAGCAAGUAUUGAAACGCAACGUAUCUUCAGAAUUGGGCUGGGGCAGUGAAGGAGGAGGAGGUUGGGGCCAGCAAAGUUCUGCUCCAGGCAGUGGAUCAUGGACAUCCACGGCCAACCAGGAUAACUCUAGUUCUACCUGGCAAGCUAUGGGUAAAUCUGACAGUGCAUCGGAUGCUGGGGAUGAUUCAUCUUCUGUUAAAUCCGGUUCAACUAUAACUAGCUUGAGCAAUAUUACUUCACAGUCACAAGAGAGCACAAAUACUAAUGCUGGAACAAUACAGUCCAGUUCUUCUAGUCUUUGGAGUGCUAGUAAUUCCACUCUGUCUGGCAUGGACUCAAAUCCAUGGGGAAACAGCAGCUCUCCAGCUCCUUCAAACAUAAGCUCAAUGGGGUGGACUAACCCAUCAAGUCUUUCUCUCUCCACAAGUCAAGGUCAUAAUAACAGUAAUCUACAAGGACCAGCCAUGAUUGGUGGCAGUUCUGCAUUUAAUGCUGCUGGUUCCAGUUCCAAUUCAGGUUGGCCAUCUAGUAUAACAAGCAAUGGGUUGUCAACUACAUCUAAUAUACCUCCUAAUAUAACUGGAGGAAACAUGUCAUCUCAUUGGCCAGGAAGUUCCAUGUUAGGUGGUAUAGGAGACUUUUCAAAAAAUUCUGAGUGGAAUAACCCUUCUACUCCAGUUGAAGGUGGGAACAAAGAUCUAGGAAGUACCAACUCAGACCCUAGAAUGUGGGGAUUGAGCUCUGAAAAGUCAGGGGAUGCUCAGUGGGAAAUCUCAAAAACUCAGUGGGGAAAUUCACCUCUAACUGCACAGGGUGACCAGGUUCCAAAUAGUGAACUAUCUUUUGCUCAGGCAACUUUGAAAGGUCUGAAAGUUCCACCUGUACCCAACACGCCACAAACUGCAGUUAAUUCUCGUCAAGAGGAAAUAUUGCGUGCAAUAGAAAAUCAUGAAGGCUGGGGUUCUCGUCCUAUUCGUCAGGAUACAAGCUGGGAUGUUGAAACUUCUCCUAAGUCGAACCGCAAGUUUUCUGCUGAUAGUAAUACUGGUGCUUCUAAUGUGUGGAACAAUAGUAAUGGUACAGCUAUUUGGGAAUCCGUUAGAGAAAAUCAAAACAGCAAUUAUGGAGGUGGUGGUGGUACUAGUGGAAAUACUUGGAGUGGUGAAAAAGAUCAAACAAGUUGGGCGGGGCCACCCAAAUCUGCUCAAGAUCCUAGCACAUGGAAUGUUGGAAAUGGCACAGAUCCGAAGGCAUUUGGUACAUGGGGAGCUGCAAGUGGUGCUGGAGAUGCAUCCAACAAAAUGUGGGGACAAAAAACUGAAGUUGGAUCUUGGGGAGAAGGUGGCGGAGUACAGCGUACUACAAGCAUUUCUUCUUGGGGUGAUGAUGGGGAUGCAGGUGGUUGGGAAGAUCAGAGAAGAAUUACUGGCAACAUCAGUAGUAUGCAAGGUUUAGUCCCACCAAGUCCAAGUAUGAAUACACCAUCAGUCAUUCCGAACAUGGUGCCUCAGAAUAUGGCAGGUCUUAAUGUUGCUGGCAUUGGGAGUGAAGUUACUCCUUGGAAUGAAAGUCAAAAGGCAGGUUGGAAUCCAACAAAUGUAGCAGCUAUAAAUCGCACCAAGCUGGAAGAACCCUGGAACAAACCACCACCUAAUAGAACAGGCUGGGGUGACCCCACUCAGGAUGGUGGAAAGGUUGAUGAUGGAACUAGCAUUUGGGCUGCCAAUGCACCUAAGCAGUUACCACCACAGGCCAAGCCGUCUGGAUGGGGUGAAACAGCACCUCCAGGCCAAUGGAAUGCUGCUAUUGGAACAAAGCCUAAAGCACCUGCUGGUUGGGAUGAAGCCUCUUGGGCAAUGGCACAGAGAGCCAAGUCAGGAAGAUACCCAGAUGAAGAUCCUUCCAGUUCUGUUGAGGUGGGAUAUUGGAAUGGUUUACCCCAAGAUAAUAAUACCUGGAACGACCCAGCUGCUUUGAGGAGUGUAAGGAAGAUAACUGGACAGCAAAUGCCACCUAAGUAUAUGGGAGGAAAUAGUAACCCACCAACUCAAAUGAGAGCUAAACUUCUCCAAGAGCUAAUGGACAUGGGAUUUCGGAAAGAAGAGGCCCAGAAUGCUCUAAUAACUAACAAUUUGAAUCUUAAGAUGGCUUUAAAUGAUUUAAAGUCAAGUAAUGGUGGUAUGGCAAGAAAGGAUCUAGAUAUGGAUGUAUUUCAAACAAAUGGUUCUCAGUCUAGAAUACCUUACAUGCAACCAGGUGGUAUCGGAACAGAUGAUUUGACAGAUAUGCGCCCAGAUCAAGUGCCUACAUUCAAUAAUUUGCAGAAUACUCAAUUUCCCAACUCUCCAAAUCAACCCUUCAUGCAAAACACGGCUAGUCUGCCACCGUCUAGUCUUAAUCCUAAUAGUUCCAGUAUUAAUCACAGCCUUCAACAGAAACUAGCGCAGAAAAUGCAGCAAAACUCUUUGGCCACAACAAUAGGCCCAAGAGGACAGUUGCCUCCAGUUGGAAGUGGGGGUAACAAUCAAGUACCACAGCAACAGCAGCAGCAGCAACAAAUACUUGCUCAGCUCCGCCAGGCAGUUAACAAUGGUUUUAUCUCUCCUCAAUUGCUUAACUAUCAGUUGCCUCACAAUAUACUGGUUCUUCUUCAACAGCUUUUGCAACUUCAAUCUGCUCUCCAAAAUAUGGUAACUAAACAGCAACAAAUGGUGCAGCAAGCAAGAGCAACUGGUGCAAGAAGUAACCCACAGUUGGAUCAAAUGCCCACUAUCAUUAAUAACAUAAAUCAGCAAAUAAUCAAUGUGCAAAAGCAACUCCAACAAGCUCAAAAUAAUCUUUUCAGCACAACUAAGCCACCUAACAUGUCUCAACCCCCAUCUGGUCUAAUGGCACAACAGUCAGGUCAGCAACCAAUGGUUAAUAUAGCUGAAAAUUUAGAUGCCCUUAGUUCUGAUCUUGCAAAUGUUGUAUUACAGUCACAGUCAAGACUAACGACUCAGUGGAAAGCACCAUCUGACUCAAAUACUCCAACUAUUGAAGGGGCAAUAGCUUCAGCAUCCUCAAACACAAGUGAUGAAAAUGGAGAAAAGAGUUCGGGAGGAAAAACUUUACUUCAGUCUUCUUCUUCACCCAAUCUUAACCUUAUACCUGGAGGUCUUGGAAUGACUGGGGAUAAAACUUGGUCAUCAAAUAUGUCUACUACAACCUCUUCAAAUUGGCCAUUGUCUUCCAGUGAUAACAGUACCAACUCUCAGUCUGAUUUGAAGGUUUCUUCAUCCAUUUUAACAGGAAUGCCAUCUGGUUUGACUGAUGUCAUUCCUGAAUUUAUCCCAGGAAAACCAUGGCAAGGCUUGACAAAGAAUGUAGAAGAUGAUCCCCAUGUAACACCUGGUAGCAUACAGAGGUCACUUUCUGUUAAUAGAGUUCAUGAUGACUCAUUAAAUAAUUUAGAUGGCCAUAAGCUGAAUUCAAGUAGCUCUUGGAGUUUCAAGAAUGAAAAUAGUUUAGGGUUAGGACAGUUAGGUAACCGUCCACCUCCAAUUGCACCUAAUAAAACAGGACAACAAUGGCAAUCAGGACCAUUUAAUAGACAGGCAUCUUGGCCUCAUUCUUCUAACUCUGCAUUUACAAAAGUUGGUGGAUCUAACUGGAAUGAAAGUAGAGGUGCCAUAAGUUCUUGGAUUGUGUUAAAAAAUUUAAAUCCAUCUAUGGAUUCUGCAACCAUUCGCUCUCUUUGCUCCUGUGGUGGGAAUGUAACCAGCUUCUACUAUAUGGGUCAAGUAGCUCUUGUGCAGUAUUCCAGCAGAGAUUCUGCUUAUUCAGCUCAGCAGAAGCUUCACAAUUUUCAAAUGGGAACAUCAGUUAUCACUGCAGAAUUUAUGGGAGAAGCUGAAGCGCAAAGAAUAGCUGCUCAGAUGCAGCCUCCUCAGCAAAGUGCUAUCCAAGCUAUAAAUCAAAGCCCCUGGUCACAAGCUCCUCCAUCUGGUCAUUUUACUGGUGGACGAGACCCAUGGGGUAGUUCCAUGCCAUCCAGCCAGCCAAAAUAUAGUUCCGGUGGAAUGGAUCCAUGGAAUUUGUGGGAUGUGUCUGAUCACAACUCCAACCCACUUCUUAAUAACAUUUUGGGUGGAGAAUCAAUGUAAAAAAAAAGAAUGUUUUUCAUCUUACCUUUAUAUAGUAAAUUAUUUUUAAAAACCCACACAACUAAAUCAAUAUAUUUGUACAUAAUAUGAAAAUGUACUGUUUUAUGAAAUGCUCCAAGUGAAUGCAAAUUAUUUUAUAAUGCUUAAUUUUUGUGUGUUGUAAUUGUUCAAUCAAUCUGCCACAUACAUGUGAUCUCUGUACCAUAAUUGUAUGCGGGUUAGGUAAAAUAAUAUGCGAUCAUUUUCUUGUAGUGUUCCUACUGUACAGUAGUUUUAACAUCACCUCAUUAAUGCAAACUGAGUGGAUAAAGAGCCAUAUCUCUUGCUAAGAUUUAUUUUUGUGUGCAUAUUGACUGGUACUAGUACUUGCAAUUACAAUACAGACUUGUGAAAUGUGUACUUACGGUCAAGGUUCCCAGUCUUUCAGAAUUCCUGUGGUCUUAUGUGGUGAUGGGAUGGCCACCCCUCAACAGUACUUGAUUAAAAUUAAGCCUUUUAGUGUUUUAAUAUCACAUUUUCACAUAAAAAUUACAAAUGCAUUGAACUCUUUAUUGUUAGAUAUUAUUUUCAUGCUUGUAUUUUGAUCAGAUAGUUUACUCAUGUGUAAUAGAUGUUUAUUUAAUACAACUAUACCUGCCAUUUAAUGUCAAAACAAUUCUAUUACUAUAUAUAUAUAUAUAUAAUGCACAAUGUUGUGCAGGUGUGUAUUGUGUAAUCAGCAACAUUUUUAAACACAUUUUUUAAAGGUUGAUUUUUUUCUUUUAAAUGUUAUUGAUACAUUUUAAAAAUUUAAAAAAUGUUUAAAAAAAAAAGUAAUUCUCCAAUGGCCUGUGAUACAUUGUCUCAGUGUGCCUGGUUAUGUCUGUAUGUCAUUAUAUUUAUGCACAUUUGUGCAUGUGAUUCUGCUUCCAUUAGUUCUGACACGAUGGCUACAAUUCCACUUGCCUGUUAUGCAACAUCUUAAUUGUUGUAAAAAUGUUAAGAAGUUAUAUAAUUGAACUUUGACUGCUGUAAUUAUUCAUAGAUGUAAUAAAUUUUAAAUAAUUGUGAGGCCUUUUUAUCAGGUUACUUAGCAGACAUUUUCCAAGAGUAGAUUUUUAGAGCAAUUAGCAUACCUAAGAUCUACAUUAAAAAAUCAAAGCUUUUAAGAUAAAAAAGAACAACAUUGCAGUGAUAUCUUGUAUUUGUGUGCAUAUCAUUUGGUUAACUAUUUAAAAAACUAUAUCAUUUGUCUCAACUUUUGCUAUUUUUCAUACUGUUGCAAGGGGGGAAAUCAAAGUUCCAUUAAUAUUCAUAUUUCAAAUUAAAAGAAAAUUCCUUCUGUACAUUUUACACAUCAGAUCACAAACAUUUUGAUUUACAAGUAAAUGUUUGUUUAAAAAAUUUCAUUGUUGAAACUUUUCCACAAGAUUGUUUCUGUAAUUAAAAUAUUAAUUUAAAACGAUUUGGCAAUGCAUAUUUCCAAUAAAAACCUGGAGGUGACUUGUACAUUAUCCAUCUAAAAUGCCACAUUGUAUGUUGUGUGCUCAAUAGAGCUUGGUGAUUGAUCCAUGCAGUGUUCCAAUGAGUAUUAAAUAUUGUCAUAAGAUAUACACAUGCUGCACAUAUCCUUUAACAUGCCUUCAUUUGUUGAUACUCAAUUUGUUCAUUACUAGAAAUUAAACUGGAAAUCUCUACCCUUCCCUUUAUUUUCUCUUACUAAGAUUCCCUCCUUAUCCAUCUCUUGAGCCAAGAACAUGCCAAGUUAUUGUAGAUCACUUUGAUAUGCAUUUUCAUUUCCUUAAAAGAUCAAUGCGAGUAAUUGAAGGAGAAACUGGUGGUGCUCACUUAAUGAUAGCAUUACAUAUCUACCUCUUUAGCAUUGAUAAACACGAAAUCCAACUUAAGAAAGCUUUGUGCUAACAGUAGCGUUAAGGGAAAUGUUUUUUAAUAGUGAUUUUUUUUUUAAAGUGGCCAUUAUUGUGUAAUAUGACACCUUUAUUUUUUGUAUAAAAAUUGUAAAUGAAAACUAGGGCAGUGAGAUUUUGUACAGUACCAGUGCACAAUUUUCAGCUUGUAUCUAUUGGUUUAAAAUGCAAUACUAGAUUGAAGUAUGUGUUAAAUUUAGCAUUUCUCUUUUCUUUCCAAACAUUCAAAACAUAUUUAUUGUGAACAAAAGCAUUUUCCCCCUGUGACCACUUAUUUUUGGUAUUCUUCAUAAUCAUGGCAGGAAUGUAAUCUAUGUAAUGAUAUUUAUGUGAAUGCUCAAUAAAUUAAUGUCAAAUUUGGUGCAAUCUUAGAUAAGCUUUUCACAAAAACAUAAAAGCUGAUUCAUAUAUGAUGAGCACUUAAUUUUCUAUGCAUGGUGCUGAUAUGCUCAUUUUAAAUUUCAAUUUUUACUUGCUAAUUAAAAAAAAUGCUUAUCACUUUUUCUGUAUAACAAGAUAUUUUAUUAAAACAGUAAUUUAAAGACAGACUCUUUAGUUAAGAAUGUUAAUAACGACCAACUACAUACUGACAAUUUGUGAAUGCAAAAGUUUUUCAUGAUAAACUUAGUUUGUUUGGUUAGCUGUAAACUAAAACAAUGUGGAUAGAAUAGCAUAUUUAAAAUUUUACUUUUAGCAAUUUUAUUUACAUGGUGCUCAGUAUUGGAAUAUUUUUUGAUAAAAUCUAUCAGUCUGGUUAGUCUUAAGUUCUAAAUUUUAAGUUAAAAUUUUCUGCUGCAUUUUCAAAUUAAUGAAUUAUCAGUUGCUCUUUUUCUGUUUACUUCAGUAUUUUUUAAAAAUGUAGUGUCAAC